AUGGAUGUUAAUGGAGUAGAUCCGAAUCGAUACCCGAUUCUGAUUCGAGAAGUAUGGGCUGAUAAUCUCAAAAAAACAUUCGAAGAAAUUUCUGAUUCAAUUGAUAAAUUCCCCUAUAUUUCGAUGGAUACAGAGUAUCCCGGCAGAAUCUACAAUUCCCCGGUACCCUUUUCGCAGCAGUCUCCGGCAGAGAAGUAUAAUGUGUUGAAAUUGAAUGUUGAUGAAUUGAAACUUAUUCAAGUUGGGAUUACCCUUUCUGAUGCUAAUGGGAACUUGCCGGAAUUGGUAAUUAAAGGGGAACGGUUUCGUGUUGUAUGGCAGUUCAACUUUUCCGAUUUCAAUCGGAUGUAUGAUCCCUACGUAGAGGCCUCAAUCCAGCUCCUUGUAGACAGUGGGAUUGACUUACAAAGGAAUCUAGAUUUUGGGAUUAGAUCAAUUGAUUUCGGUGAGUUGUUGAUGUCGUCGGGGCUUGUAUGCAAUGAUUCAGUGAGUUGGGUAACGUUUCAAGGCGAAUUUGAUAUUGCAUUCUUGUUGAAGAUUCUCAGGGGCCGGAAUCUUCCAGAUAGUUUAGAUGAGUUUUUCGAAUUUGUUAAGAUGUUUUUUGGAGAUAAAUUAUAUGAUGUGAAGCGUUUGACGAUAUAUAUUCCUAAUCUUCACGGUGGUUUAGCCUGGGUGGCGGAAAAUCUCGGUUUGGCCAGGGAGGCUGGGAGGCAACAUCAGGCUGGUUCAGAUAGUUUGUUGACGUGUCACAUCUUUUAUAGUAUGAGAAAUGGUUUUGAAGAUGGUGUGCCAGAUGCCGGCGUUUUGCAUGGAUUAACUUGA